UAAAGUACUUUUUUCAAUCAGGUUACCAGUGUAAAGACGUGGGGCAGUGGUAAAAUUGAAAUAUAUUACAUCAGGAAACACAGUUAUCAUAAGUUAACAGUUUAUAUUGUAUCUUGGUUGUGACAGGAUGAGCUGCCACUUAACUGUACUGAAAAAUAACAGCACAGGUCAAAAUAUUCUCUACAGUACCCAUCCUCACCAUCAAUCCAUGUUCUUCAGCCAGUGGGUGACCAAGUUUCAUAUCCACACAAAACAACUCAUAAAAUUAUUUGAAUCUUUACGAUUAUAUUCAGGAUUGAGGAAAAUGAAGGAUUCUGAACUGAAGGUGUUGCUCUUCUUGUGAGGCCAUGUUUCGAAUGUUGCUAAUUAAAAUACCUCCAAUUCCUUUUGGAGUGAGGUAUGUAAGCAGGAGUUCACCAGAAGUGGACAGCAUCAUCAGGGUGGACCAUGCUGGAGAGUUAGGGGCUGAUCGUAUCUACGCUGGACAAAUGGCUGUGCUUGGCAGAACGAAUGUGGGUCCCCUCAUUCAGAUCAUGUGGGAUCAGGAAAAAGAGCACAGAGCAAAAUUUGAAGAGCUCAUUAACAAGUAUAGGGUGCGGCCUACAGCCUUGGUUCCCAUCUGGAAUAUUGCUGGCUUUGUGCUUGGUGCAGGGUCUGCUCUGCUUGGUCCAAAAGCUGCCAUGGCAUGUACCAUGUCAGUAGAAUCAGUUAUAGUUGAUCAUUAUAACGAUCAGCUUCGAACUCUUAUGUCUGAUCCGGAGGCUAACAAGGAGCUUCUACAGGUCAUUCAGAAAUUCCGUGAUGAAGAGCAAGAGCAUCAUGACACAGGACGAGACCAAGGUGCGGAACAAGCGCCUUUCUACAGGGUUCUUACUGAAACCAUAAAGUUUGGCUGUAAGGCAGCCAUUGCCAUAUCAAAAGUGAUAUGAACCAAUAAAUCAUGUUCCAAACAUGUAAUAUUCCCAUGUAAUAUUCCUUUAGUUUAUGAUGAAGAGAGCAUUGUUACUGAAAGUGAAACCUGAUAUAUUAUAAAAUAAAUAUAAUUUUAGAAGUCA